UGUCUGCUGGUAAACAAUUUGUGCUGCUGCUUGGGCACAAGUAUUUAUUUACGCAUUCUUCUUCUCCCACCCAUCCCCCGUUUCAACAUACUGUUUGUGUCUCUUUGCUUUAUUUUUCACUUUUUGUUCAUUCGUCUCGGUAUAAAAAAUUUAUACUUUGUUCACCCUGUAAUUUAGCCUUCAACAUACCCAAAACGAUUGAUUAAUAAUGGAGGCCUGUGGUAUUUGGGGUCUGAGGAUCCUUCCCAACAAGACCUACUCGCAAACCGUCGAUGCGGCUUUCCGCCUCACCAACGCCGCGUUCACCACCACCGUUGCGAAUGCCUCGAGCCGCACGUCUGUGGUUCUGACCAUUGACAAGAAGGCCAGCUUUGUUCUGUGCUCUUUGACUCCGGGCGGCGAGGUCAUCACCUUGGAGACCCAGGGUGACAACGAGAUUGACCUUACGGGCAACUUUAACGACUCGGACGAUGAGGAGGGCACCGACAUUGAUCUCAGCACGCUCGACGCCGACCAGAUCCAGGAGCUCAUCAAGCUUGGCUAUCUCAACCCCGAGGACGCGUUGGAAAACGGAGAUGAUUCCGACGAGGAGUAUGACUCGGAGGAUGCCGAGACCGACGGUCGUAUUCGCGAGAUCACCGAUGAGGAGGAGGCUGAGCUUGUUGAGGAGGUUGUUGAGGAGCCCCCGGUUAAGGAGAAGGCCAAGCUGGCUGAGAAGAAGGCCAAGCAGGAGGCUGAGAAGAAGGCCAAGCAGGAGGCUGAGAAGAAGGCCAAGCAGGAGGCUGAGAAGAAGGCCAAGGCUGAGGCUGAGAAGCCCAAGGCUGAGGCCGAGAAGAAGGCCAAGUCCAAUGUCCGCGAGGUUGGCGGUGUCAUGGUCGAGACCCAGAAGGAGGCCAAGAACGGACAGCGCGUCGCCAUGUACUACAUCGGCAAGCUGACCAGCGGCAAGGUCUUUGACCAGAACACCAAGGGCAAGCCCUUCUGGUUCCGCCUGGGCGCCGGCGAGGUCAUCAAGGGCUGGGACAAGGGUAUCCUCGGCAUGAAGCGCGGCGGCGAGCGUCGUCUGACCAUCCCCGCCAGCAUGGCCUACGGCAAGCGCGGCGCUCCCCCAGAUAUUCCCGGCAACGCCACCCUGGUCUUUGACAUCCGUUUGAUUGACUUUAAGUGAUCCCCGUAUGUUUUAUUUAUAUUUUCCUCAUUACAAAUUGAUUGUCUUUUUUCCUAUGCGACAAUACCAAAAAAAAGUA